AUGGCUUCGGAGCUAUUCAACCAAGCGGCCCAGGGCGCAGACCCUGCAUCGUCCGACCAGCCCGUCGUCAACCUCCAAGUAGUGUCGCCGUCCGUGGGCGUGAAUCGCCCUUUGCUCUUCCCUGGACUGGCGGCCGCUACCACCAUCAAGCAGCUCAAGGAGAAGAUCCGACAGACUCUCCCUUUGCGGCCGUCUGACGAGAACCAACGGCUCAUCUACCGUGGCCGAGCGCUUUUGCGCGAGACUGAUAGUCUACUAGAUGUAUUCGGCGCAGACGCUCUCCGCAGCCCCGAUCAACAGACAAUCCAUCUUGUCAUAAGAGAUGCUUCCGAUAGCGUAUCCUCAACGCCAGCUUUCUUGUCUGGGACCCAGAGCCCGGCUUUGGGAAACCAGCCUCCCAAUCUUCAGCGACAGACACCUCCGCACGCUGCUUUUAUGGGACCAGCACCUCCGCCUGGAAUGACAAGAAGAUCAGUGCUGCAGCCGACUCCGACUACUGCUCAAGCUCGGAUGCCAUCACCAGCUCGCUCGCACUCUCCGGCUCAUACUCCUGAACAGGCAGCGGCUUUUCAGCAGCAGCAUCAAAGUAUGACGCAAUGGUUGACCCAGAUCCAGAGAGAAGCCAUGGCUCGCAUGGUCAACCAGAACCAGCGUGGCAGAGCUUACAUGGGCAUGCGCGGCAUUGGCGAUAACGCUGGUGCGAAUCAAGGGGCUUAUGGGGGUUAUGGUUCAGAGUCGAAUAGUGGAAGGGCAAGCCCGGCCCCGACGCAUACAAUCUACCGCGAGACCAUUGGACCCAACGGUCACAGCUAUCAUGUAGAGACUGUUGUUCGAAAUGCGGCUGGCGGCCCGUCAGCAGCUUCGGCGCCACCCCACGGCGCACUGACUCCUACUGACGUCCACGGUAUUCUGCGAGGGGCGGAUGCGAACCAGACUCCGAUGUCCAUGGCAAACGCACUACACCAAAGCGGCUUGCGUCGAAGUGCAUCUAGUGCCUCGCUUCACAAUCGCCCACUCACACAGCCAAGUAUUACUACUUCAGUCUUUGCCAACAGUGGCUCCCGAGCUAGCAGCGGUCGAGCCACGCCGGAUUUGGGGCUCAGAUCGGUUUCUGGCACGUUCAAUGCCGCCUCUAUGUCGGCACCAUCACUUGUCACACCUCAGUCGCGGCAAGGCGUUGAGGUGUACAUUCUCUCCUCUCCAGAGGGUCCCCGUGCCCUCGUUUUCAACAGUGCCGUGGCUGAAGCCUACUAUACGCCUAGGAUGACCAGCUUCCCAAGCUUGAUCCACACGAUGCAGGCACAAAGCAGAGAUGAUGCUUUGCACCAAACAUCUCGGCUCGACCAACAACAGCAACAGCCACCACGCCAACAACAGCAGCAGCAGCAACAGCAAGAUGACCAACAACCUCGGAUAGUUCCUCUGCACGCUGGCAACCCUCCUGUGGGCUUACCCAAUCUGCUGGUACAGGCGGCUCCUCAUAUCUGGCUCAUCAUUCGCCUUGCCUUGUUUGUGUGGUUCUUCAUGUCUCCCAACGCCUCCUGGUCGAGAUGGUUGACUAUAAUCGCUCUCGCCUUUUUCGUAUUUAUUCUCAGCACUGGAUUGUUGGCUGGUGUUGCUGAACAGGCUUGGCGGCCACUGGGACGACAUCUCGAAAAUGUAUUCCCUGCAGUAGACCCUGGGCAUGUUGGACAAGGAGGAGCUGCAGGUCGUGAUGGCGCCCCUGGAGCAGAUCAGAAUGGAAGCCCAAACCCAGCCCAGAUGGCUGCCAGGCUGGUUGCCGAGCGUCGUGGUCAAGAAUCUUGGCUCGCAGGACAGCUGAGACGGCUAGAGCGAGCUGGUCUCCUGUUCCUUGCUAGUAUUGCGCCUGGCGUUGCGGAACGUCACAUUGCAAAUCUUGAAGCAGAGGCAAGAGCCCAAGAAGCUCGACGCAGAGAGGCCGAGGCGGCAGCGGCAGCGGCAGCAGCUGAAGCGGCCGCCGCAGAGAGCAAUGCAAACCACGAUGCAGAGACUGCGCCCGAGACGGAUGGGGGUGAGAAGUCACAGCAAGAUGGGCAAAACAGCCGCGAGGGGAUGGAGAGAGACGACGGCGUUCGAGAAGGAAUCUCUGCCGUGUAA